AUGGAAGAGUGUUUUCAUUUGGUCUGUGAGGCGAUGGGUGUACAUGAGGAUGAUGAGGUCGGCGUGGACAUGAUCUGUUCCCUCUAUAAGAGAGUCUUCCUCAUCACCGCCGGCCUGGACGAGACAAAGAGAGCCAUUGCACAGGUCAGAGGUCAGACUGGAGGCUUGUCAUGUUCAGCCCGAGGAGUUCUGCAUGUUCUCCUAGUGAUGGAGAAACAACGUGAGAACAGAGAAGAGCUGUACUGGGCUCUCCAGAUGUUGAAGGCUGGUAGAAUUGAUCAUAAACAAAACACACAAUCUUCAACAAUCAACUUCAGCUCCAGGCAACAGCAGGAUCCAGAGCAGUUUAGUAUCUUGUGUCUUCAGAACAGAGCGAAGAGACUCUACACCAGACUCGUUCUUGACGGCGUGUGGAGUGUCCUACUGUCUCUUUCUCAGAAGAACACUGGCGUCAUGCGAGCGGGCAAGAUCUGUCCCAGCACUACUGACAUCCUCCAGCUCCUGGACUACAAGUAUGAAGUCAUCAGAGAGCGACUGUACCGAGAGAUGUUGCAGGAUGAGUAUGGUGUUGUUUGGUGGGACUCGAUGUCGGCAUGGGAUCAGACAGAAUGUGUGUGUGAACUAGGAGUGUGUGUAGAGCUGGCUUUCAGACACAGAGACUGGCUUCAGGUGUGUGGGCUUCCCGGGGCCCUCCGGUGCUACAGGAGCUGUGGUUCUGUGGUCUUGCGAGGCUGUCCUGAGAGUGUUAAACCUAGAGAUCAGGCUUGGUCAUCUAAACCGAGGGAACAGGCUUGGUCCGCUGUCAUCUUCCUGUCAGAGCUGGAGUCACAUUAUCAGGAUGAGAAGGAGUCGAUCAGCUCACUCAUGAACAGAUUGGGACGGGAAGCUCUGCGUAUUAUAUAUCUCAGUAUGUGUGUCGCUGUGAGGAGAGCCGAGAAAGAGAAUCAGUCCUACACUGCACUGCUGGUCGCCAGACAGCACUGGGACAGAUGGCCUUAUAUGAGAGGUUCAGUCAGUCAGGAUCUCACCAGGAUCUGGCUUCAGGAAAAACUGGAUCCCACUGCUAAAACACAGCAGGGCUGGAAAACAGGAAAUUGCGCACAACAGGCUGUGCUGCAGUGCUUGGUUCUGUGUCUGGAGCAAGAAAGGAAACGAUUGGUGGAGAUCUUACACAGGCUUUCCCUGAGUGACCUUGAGGGAAACAUUCAGAAAAACAACAAUGUGGUUCAUGGAUACGCGGUGGAACAGAGCUGUGUGUGGAGCCUGCAGCAGAUCAAAGCCUCUCUACAGGAAGCACAUGGUUCUUAUCCCGGACCACUCGCCCCAGGGUGUUCUGGGAUAGAUGUCUCAUGGGGGAAGUGUGCCACUCAUUUGCUGACCCAGCUGACACAAGCACAAGAUGACGAGGCCUGGACCAUUUUAAACUCUCUGCCAGAUUUGGAUCCUGAGGGUCUUUGGACUUUGCUUCGCAAAUAUGAGAGUGAACUUCACAGACCCAGUUUCUACAACCUACGUGAAGUUUUGCAGUCACGUGUGCCAGCGCACACCAGCAGAGGCACCAGCGCAAUGAACGCUCACACUGAGAGAGAGAGGACUGAACAGGGACAAGAAGAGCCAUCAGAUGGUGAAAAACAAGACCUCUGCACUGGUUGCGGGAUGGCUAUAGAUCCAGAAGAUACUCCAUAUUUAGAGAUCUUGUGUGUCAGAGACCCAAGAGAUGAAGAGAGCACAAUGGAGACGAGCGAUGGAGAUGGAGAGAGAAGACGGGGACACACUGAGAGCAGAGGAGACCCUCAGGUGAUUUCAGUGGAGAAACAAAACUCUCUGAUCACACUGGCCUGGAGCAAAGCAGCCCACACAGAGAACCACAUUCAGGAAGUGACCUCAGCUCAACAGGAAGUAGAGGCCGUCUCUAUUGUAGUGCAGGAGGAGACAGCUGAUAAAACAGCUCCACAUGAUGUGAACAUUUACACACAGCAGGAGAACAUAAGCUCCGUCUCACUGCAGCCAAGUGAACAAUAUGAAGAAACGCAUUCAGAUCACACAGAUAGUGUGAAAAGAAAGACACAAAUCCAAGAAGACUGUUCAGGCUUCAUCACUGAGGACAUAAGAGAUGGAGAGUUCACAUUCAGUGAGACCCAGCAGCCCGAGCAAACACCACCCACUGAUCCACAGCUGCUACAAAACACUGGCAUGACAGACACUAGCACAGCACCAGCAAGUGUUCAUUUCCCAGACACACAAACAUUCGAGAGCCGUGAGAUGGAGGCAUCGCUUCAGGAGCAGAGGAACGAGGAGGUCUGUGAGAGAGCGGAUGAGGAGCAGCAGCUGCAGCGGGAGGACACGAUGCGGUGCCUAGUGGACAUCCAGAGGAGAGCAGAGCGACGCUGGCAACGAGACCGAGACAGACAGCUACUCCGAGCUCAAGAGCGACUGGCUAUCGUCCAGAGUCGGAAGGCAGAUGAAGAUCUGUUGGGUCUGACGCAGGAAAACACACUCAGACAUCUGACUGACACACUACAACAGGAGGAUGAGCAACAACAGAAAACUUUAGUAAGAGAGAAACUCCAGCAGAUGAGGAGAGAACGCUCCUGCAUUCUCCAGACCAGACGGGAGAGAAACACAGCUGGAUUUAAAGAGCUCCUUGCACCCACAGCUCAACGCACGACAGAAACUGAAGAAGGACACUAGUGGGUACUCAAACCCAUUU